AUGAACCCUCUUGAGAAGAUAAUGGGCGAAAUGCCUGGAACUCCGUCGUCGGGUCAAGGAAAUCCACCGUCAUCAGUCCGUAGAAGUGUUUGGGGAGAUCGAAGUGGUGCGCCGCCAUCAUCCUACUCAUCGGGAUCACGACCACCGCAAUCAUUAUAUGGUUCUCGUCCAUCUCCUGCAAUCUCUUUCUCCACUCCUGAGAGCAGAAUGAAAAGGAGAGAGAUUGAUGAUGCUGGAAGCGAGUCAAAGGCGAAAAGGGAGAGAAACUAUGAAUCUCUCAAUUCAUUCUUUCCAAUCACCAACAUUCCGGUGCAAAUGAACUCAUGGAGACUGGACAUCACUGAAAUGGACGAAAUCAUCCAGAAAGUCUUGUUCAAGACAACAAUGAUAAUGUCAAAUGGAAAGAAAUUCGACUUGGCGGAUGGAGUCGUCGCCGUAUCUGGAGACGUUAAUCGCCAAGUCAGACGUCAGGCGUUGUGCCUCAUCUUCGAGUAUUGGUUCCGACACCAUCCGCACCUGUUCAAUGGGAACAAAAAUCCCUCAGUUGCUGCAUACGAUGCGGCCGAGACAUUCUAUGUCGGACUGAGCAACAUGCCAAACGAAAUUGCGGAGCAGAAAAUCGUUUUGUCGGAGAGUGCAUUCAGUAUGGAAGAUUGGGAGAUUGUGAGCCGCAUUUUCAGAAGAAAAGACACAAAAUUUGAAGUCACUGUCAAAUCUACCGGACAACUCUACACUCGUGGACCAAAAGCGCUCUCUGUUGACAACCGAUCGGAGCUCACUCGUUGUCUGGAGUGUGUGACCAAUCAGAUCGUGCACACCAAUGACUACCUACUCUACAACACUGGAAUUUACUCUUUGAAAGGAGGAGCUCUGUCGGAACCGGAUGGUGUCACCGAGAUCAAACCAGGAUUCACGAAAGUGACCAAAGUGAUCAUGGGAGAUGACAACACCAAACCACAAGCUGUGAUGACUGUCGACACAGCACAAUCCGCGUUCUUCAAGUCGACAUCAAUGCUCAAAUUCUUCCACGCCAAGAUUGAAGAGGCUAACGGAAGAGGUGGAGGUGGCAGAGGAGGAUACGAUGGCCGUCGUGAUAGCUAUGGAAGACAGCGUGAGAGCUACGGAGGCAACCGAGAUGGCCACCGAGGAGAUCGUGACAGAUACCGUGACGACCGUCGUGACGACCGCCGUGACGACCGGCGUGUUGACCGACGCGACGAUCGCGGAGAGAGCCGUCGAGACCGUCAGAACGACGAUAGAACUCGUUCUCGCCACGAAAUCGACUACGAUGCAGAGGCUAUCAAAAAGUUGGAGAGAGAAUUCGAGGAUGGACGAAUCACCAAGACUAUGUUGGAGAAUAUCAGUCGUGCUCUCAAGGGACUCGAGUGUUACCCGACACAUUUGAAGGACGUCAAAGCAAACCGAGGGUUUACUGUUCACUCCAUCGUUGACCAAUCCGCAAUCAACGUAAAAUUCGAUAGAGAAGUAAAUGGUGCUUUCAAUCAAAUUACCGUUCGUGACUACUACCUCGACAAGUACGGCCUCAAGCUCAAAUUCCCGAACCUUCCACUCAUUGUCUCCAAAAGGAUGAAGGAAAUGAACUUCUAUCCGAUGGAAUAUCUUUUCAUUGUGCCGGGACAACGGAUCAAGCAGCAGAAAAUGACGCCAGAUAUCCAGCAACACAUGACUGGCCAAAACAGCUCGCUUCCAGCACAACACAUCCGGCAGAAUGAGAAAAUUCUUCGGGAUCAUCUCAAAAUGGAAGGAGGAAAUCGCUAUUUGGACGCAUUCAAGAUUAAGCUUGAAAGCAAAGAGCCGAUCAAAAUGUCUGCUCAACUCCUGGCUCCUCCAUAUAUCAAGUUCAAACCAUCCCAACCGAUACGUUUGGAAGGAAAGGGAGUGAGAUUCCCUACGAAUGACAGGACAACAUUCGUGAAGCCCGCCGAGCUACAGUUGCUGCUCAUCAUCAGCUUUGAUCGCAACUUUAGAGGAGUCGACAUGUUCGAAGAAUGCCUGAACAGACAAUUCCAAUUGCAAGGAAUACGUAAAGAUCGGGAUUACAAGUGUAUCAAACAUCAACAGGAUGCAAAUGAUGCUGAUGGCAUAUAUAGAUUGAUGAAGAAUGCGAAGAAAGAUAAAGUCACGUUGGUGAUCGCAAUCUGUGCAGAGAAGAAGCCAGAGGUUCACGAUACCCUCAAGUACUUCGAAGAGAAACUCGGUCAGGUAACUCUUCAACUUUCCACCGAGACCUGCGAGAAGAUGUCACGAGGUGGUGGAAACCGACAGACAGUCGAUAAUGUCCUUCGCAAGCUCAACAACAAGUGUGGAGGCACCAACUUCUUUGUCGAAGUUCCAGAACAGUACCAGGGAAAGUCUGUUUGCAGAAAUGCGGCGGAAAUGAGUCGAAAGCUGUUCCAAGACACUCAGUUCAUCGGAUUCGAGUUGUCACACACCGGAGCUCGAACCAAGUACGAGCAACAGAAUUCGAUUGUCGAAGGAGAUCCGACGUCUGUUGGUGUGUGCUAUACUCUCAAACAAUUGGCUGAACUCGGAGGAUUUUCCUACUACCAAGACACCCGCCUUCAUCGUUUGUCCCACGUCGGUGAGAAAUUCGUGAAAUGCAUCAUCGAAUACAAAAACGCUGCCGGCAAACUUCCGAAAACGAUUGUGAUCUACCGUAUCGGUUCCGGGGAAGGCGACUAUGAAAAGAUCCGACAGGAAGUGGACGACAUGAAAAAAACUGCUCAAAAAUAUGAGGAUGGAUACAUUCCAAAGUUCCUAGUUGUUCUUUCCCAAAGGAAUUCACACGUUCGCAUCUUCCCGAACCAAAUCCGAGAAGGAGGAAAAGCGAUCGAGCAGAAUGUGCAGUCUGGAACAUGUGUCGACUCAAUUGGAUCUGCUCACGGACUCAUGGAAUUCAUCUUGUGCUGCCAGACUCCAAUGAUCGGAACCGUCCGUCCAAUACGCUACACCGCCAUUGUCAAUGAAACUGACUGGACCAAGAACGAGUUGAUGAACGUCACAUAUCAUUUGUCGUUUGGCCACCAAGUUUCCUACUCUCCUCCUGCCGUUCCGAACGUUCUCUAUGGAGCAGCAAACCUGGCCAAGAGAGGUCACAACAAUUUCAAGACGUUCACCCGAAUUGGUAAAACGAAUGACAUAAUGAAAAAAGUCAUGGACAGUCAUCGGGACGUUACUGAACCAGCGGAGAUGGCGGAACUUGUGACCAAUGACUACAUCGAGACAAUAUCUGAGAAUAUAAACAAGCUAACCAUAAAGAGCCGAAACUUUUGGGCCUAG